CACACACACACACACACACACACACACACACACACACACACACACACCCUUGCUGUACACCUCUCUGGUCAAGAUGAGAGGCCUCCUGCUGAUUACCAUUCUCCUCCUGCCGGUGGUGUGCUCCAUGUAUUCCGAGAACUCCGACUGUGUGGUCAAAAGACAGCAGGAGAGAUGUAUGGAGAGGAUCGCCCUGCACAACCUAACACACUACCUGGAUAAUGGCUGUCCGUGGAUGUGGGACGACCUGGCUUGUUGGCAGGAUGCAGCCGUAGGUGAAAUGGUAUCAGUCAGAUGUCCUGAAGUCUUUCAUGACCUCCUGAGUCCUGACGAUGAGAUUGGUUGGAUCAGUAGGAACUGUACAGCAGAGGGCUGGUCAGAAACAUUUCCUCACUACGUUGACGCCUGCCUGUCAGACGAUAACACCACCAGACCGGACAUGAACUAUGCGUCUGUGAAAGCUCUGUACACAGCAGGAUACAGCACCUCUUUGGUUUCUCUCACCACCGCCAUGACUAUACUCUGCAGGUUCAGGAAGCUCCACUGUACCAGGAACUAUAUCCAUAUGAACCUGUUCGUCUCCUUCAUGCUGAGAGCUAUCUCUGUGUUCAUCAAGGACGGGGUUCUGUACACCCAGGAGGAAGAAAACCACUGCUUCAGACACACUGUGGAGUGUAAAGCAGUCAUGGUAUUAUUCCACUACUGUGUGAUGUCCAACUACUUCUGGCUGUUCAUCGAAGGCCUGUACCUCUUCACCCUGCUUGUCCAAACCUUCUUCCCAGAGAGGCGGUACUUCUACUGGUACACCGUGGUAGGCUGGGGUACUCCCACCAUUUGUGUAACUGUCUGGGCUGCUCUGAGGCUUCACUUUGAUGACACAAGUUGCUGGGAUACCAACAACACCACUGCCCUCUGGUGGGUGAUCAAGGGACCUACAGUUGUCUCCAUCAUGAUCAACUUUGUCCUGUUUGUUGGGAUCAUAGUCAUUCUGGUCCAGAAGCUGCAGUCGCCUGACAUCAGAGGGAAUGAGUCCAGUAUCUACCUCAGCUGUGCUCAGAAAUGCUUCAGUGAGCCCACUCAGGCUGUACAACAUUCCUGCAGGAUGUCAGAGCUAUCAGUCAUCACACUGCGUCUGGCUCGGUCCACCCUUUUGCUCAUCCCCCUCUUCGGGAUCCACUACACUGUGUUUGCCUUCUCACCAGAGGACGUCAGCAAGAAGGAGAGGCUGGUGUUUGAGCUGGGCCUGGGAUCUUUCCAGGGUUUUGUUGUGGCUGUCCUCUACUGUUUCCUCAAUGGAGAGGUGCAGUCUGAGAUCAAGAGGAAGUGGCGUAGCUGGAGGGUGAACCGGUACUUUACCGUGGAUCUGAAGCAUCAGCAGCGCCACCCAUCCCUGGUCAGCAGCGGUGUCAACGGGGGAACACAGCUCUCCAUGCUCAGUUCCAAGAGCUCCUCCGCAUUACAGAUACGCAUGGUGGGGCCCCUGGCCGAGACACCGUCCACACUCAACCUGCCCAUCUGAUUGUCUCAAACCCCUGGCCGAGACACCGUCCACACUCAACCUGCCCACCUGAUUGUCUAAAAACCCUGGCCCGAGACACCGUCCACACUCAACCUGCCCACCUGAUUGUCUCAAACCCCUGGCCCGAGACACCGUCCACACUCAACCUGCCCAUCUGUUUGUCUCAAACCCCUGGCCCGAGACACCGUCCACACUCAACCUGCCCAUCUGUUUGUCUCAAACCCCUGGCCCGAGACACCGUCCACACUCAACCUGCCCACCUGUUUGUCUCAAACCCCUGGCCCGAGACACCGUCCACACUCAACCUGCCCAUCUGUUUGUCUCAAACCCCUGGCCGAGACACCGUCCACACUCAACCUGCCCACCUGAUUGUCUCAAACCCCUGGCCCGAGACACCGUCCACACUCAACCUGCCCAUCUGUUUGUCUCAAACCCCUGGCCCGAGACACCGUCCACACUCAACCUGCCCACCUGAUUGUCUCAAACCCCUGGCCGAGACACCGUCCACACUCAACCUGCCCACCUGAUUGUCUCAAACCCCUGGCCCGAGACACCGUCCACACUCAACCUGCCCAUCUGUUUGUCUCAAACCCCUGGCCCGAGACACCGUCCACACUCAACCUGCCCACCUGAUUGGCUGACACACCUAGCUGAGACUUUGCCCACCCUUAAGUAGAACACCUGAAUUGGCUCAGACCCCACUCGCCCACCUGAUUGUGUAAUUGGCUCAGACCCCUCACCAACCACUUAUCUUCCCAGACAAUUCAGAUACAUGUUAUUUAGUUAUCUAGUUAUUUAUAUAUAUAUUUGUUCUUUACAAAAUAAGAAGAGUUGAUGCUCUCUUACAAAUAAUAUGUUCAAACAUAGAGUAACUAACUCCUCCCACUAGCCAGGCUCUCUCAUAGAGUAACUAACUCCUCCCACUAGCCAGGCUCUCUCAUAGAGUAACUAACUCCUCCCACUAGCCAGGCUCUCUCAUAGAGUAACUAACUCCUCCCACUAGCCAGGCUCUCUCAUAGAGUAACUAACUCCUCCCACUAGCUAGGCUCUCUCAUAGAGUAACUAACUCCUCCCACUAGCCAGGCUCUCUCAUAGAGUAACUAACUCCUCCCACUAGCCAGGCUCUCUCAUAGAGUAACUAACUCCUCCCACUAGCCAGGCUCUCUCAUAGAGUAACUAACUCCUCCCACUAGCCAGGCUCUCUCAUGGAGUAACUAACUCCUCCCACUAGCCAGGCUCUCUCAUAGAGUAACUAACUCCUCCCACUAGCCAGGCUCUCUCAUGGAGUAACUAACUCCUCCCACUAGCCAGGCUCUCUCAUAGAGUAACUAACUCCUCCCACU